CCGCAGCACUGCCAGCCCGGCCCGCAGGAUGCAGACCAUCAUCCAGAACAGCCCCCUAGACCUCAUUGACACUGGGCAGGGGCUCAAGGUGCAGACGGAGAAGCCGCACCUGGUGAGCCUGGGCAGUGGGCGCCUCAGCACGGCCAUCACGCUGCUGCCACUGGAGGAAGGCCGGACCACGAUCGGCUCGGUGUCGGGAGACAUCGUGCUGCAGGGCCCCGGGCUGGCGCCCCAGCACUGCUACAUCGAGAACACGCAGGGCUCGCUCACGCUGCACCCCUGCGGCAACGCGUGCGCCAUCGACGGCGUGCGGCUGCAGCGGCCCACGCGCCUCACGCAAGGGUGCAUGAUCUGCCUGGGCCAGGCCACCUUCCUGCGCUUCAACCACCCUGCAGAAGCCAAGUGGAUGAAGAGCAUGAUCCCCGCAGGCAGCCAGGGCCCCGCAGCCCUCUACCCGCUCCCAGCAAAGCCCGAGGCCCUGGUGAACGGCACCCGCCCACCCGAGCCGCAGCGCACGCGGCCCAGCCACAGCUCCCUCGUCAGCUCCAUCGAGCGCGACCUGCAGGACAUCAUGGACUCGCUGGCCUUGGAGGAGCCGUCGCCGCUGCCGGCUUCUGGCCGUUCUGUGCCCAACGGAGCUGGACGCUGCCCCCUCUCGCCACCGCCGAGCCCUGGAGCUUUCCAGGCCGGCACUAGCCAUGACACUGCCUCGCUGCCCGGCCGUACCAGCCCCAGUCCCGCACGGAGCCCCGCCACGCCACCCGCCGUGCCCGCACGCUCCUCCAGCUACAGCCACACCGUGGCCCCACCGCCCGGGGCGAGCAGCCCCCGCGCUGCCCCGCGGCAGCCCCCCGAGAGCCCCCGGAUGGGCCGCCGUGGCCCCGACAGCCUGCGCGACCUGCCGCCGCCCAGCCCAUGCCCCACGCGCCGCCCUGGGGCAUCGCUCGGCCCCGCUGCGCCGCCGCCGCCAUCACCGUCCCCACCGCCUCGGCUCUCCCGUGAUGUCCCCGAGAGCCCCCGCGCCCGGCGCCGCGGCCGGGAAGAGCCGGCGGGCAGGAGCGCCCGUAGCGGCAGCCCUGCAGCUGAGAUGCCCCCCGCGCGGCGCCCGGGUGCCCUGAGCCCCGCGUACAGCCUGGGCUCGCUAGCCGCCGUGCCCUCACCGCGGCAGAGCCCCCGCGCGGCCCGCAAGCUCUCUGGGGAUCUGCGGCAGCUGCCUGGCCCGCGCGAGCGCAAGAACAGCAUCAGUGAGAUCAGCGACAACGAGGACGAGUUGCUGGAAUACCACCGGCGCCAGCGGCAGGAGCGCAUGCGCGAGCAGGAGAUGGAGCGCCUGGAGCGGCAGCGCCUGGAGACCAUCCUCAACCUUUGUGCCGAGUACACUAAGACGGAGGGUGCUGAGGCGGGGGCUGCACUGCUCGCUGCUGAGAUGGAGGCGCCCGCGGGGCGGCGGGUGCCCAGGCCCAUGGGCGCUGCAGGGCCAGGUCACACAGCUGAGGAGUCCAGAGCGCUGCGGCACGCGGAGAGCCUGGAGCGCUCGGAUGAGGAGAACCUGAAGGAGGAGUGCAGCAGCACGGAGAGCACCCACCAAGAGCACGAGGAGCUGGCGGGUCCCCGCGCCGCAGAGGUGCAGCGCCUGGAGGAGGAGCGAGCUGCUGUGCUUGGCCACCUGGAUGAGCUCAAGGGCCGCAUCAAGGAGAUAGAGCAGCAGCUGCAGGAGACGUCGCGAGAGGCAGAGCUGGAGCAGGCGCUGCUGCAGGGCGAGCGGGAGUCGGAGGUGGCGCGGCUGCAGCAGGAGCAGGAGGCGCUGCGGCAGCUGCAGGAGAAGCUCUCACACUUGGACGCCAGCAUCCGCAGGGAGCGCGACAAGGAGGCGGAGGUGCUGGAGACGGAGGCGAAGCUCUUUGAGGAUCUGGAGUUCCAGCAGCUGGAGAGGGAGAGCCGGCUGGAGGAGGAGCGCGAGACGCGGGGCAAGCAGCUGCUGCAGAGCAAGGCCGAGUGCCAGCGCAGCAUCGCGCGCAGGAAGGAGCGGCUGGCUGCACUCGAUGCGCAGGCGGCCCAGGUGCGGCUGCAGAGCGCGCAGGAGGCCGAGCGCCUGGCCCGCGACAGGAGCGGCGUCCUGCAGCUGCUGCAGAAGGAAAAGGAGAAGCUGCUGUCCUUGGAGAGGAGGUACCAACUGGUCACCGGCGGCAGAAGCUUCCCCAAACUGUCCUCCACUCUCAAAGAGGUGUAUCGUGCCAAAACGGAGAGCGAGGCAGGCAGCACGGCCCCCCGCAUGAAGAGCGGCACCUCCUCGUCCUCACAGCUCAACGUUGCGGUGCUGGGGCGCAGCCCCUCGCCCAAGGGUCUCCCGCACGCGGCCAGCGGCACGGGCAGCCUGCCCCGCAACCUGGCGGCCACGCUGCAGGACAUCGAGACCAAGCGGCAGCUGGCCCUGCAGCAAAAGGGUCAGCAGGUGAUUGAGGAGCAGAAGCGGCGCCUGGCGGAGCUGAAGCAGAAGGCGGCGGCCGAGGCGCAGUCGCAGUGGGAAGCGCUGCACGGGCAGCCUCCCUUCCCCUCCUACCCUCCGCUCAUGCAUCACUCCAUCCUCCAUCACCACCCCCUCGGCAGCAGGCCCCGGGCCGAGGAGCUGGACCACGCAUACGACACGCUCAGCCUGGAGAGCUCGGACAGCAUGGAGACUAGCAUCUCCACCGGCAACAACUCGGCCUGCUCGCCCGAUAACAUGUCCAGCACGAGCGGGAUGGAGGCGGGCAAGAUCGAGGAGAUGGAGAAGAUGCUGAAGGAGGCGCACGCAGAGAAGUCGCGGCUCAUGGAGUCCCGGGAGCGAGAGAUGGAGCUGCGGCGGCAGGCGCUGGAGGACGAGCGGCGGCGCCGCGAGCAGCUGGAGAGGCGGCUGCAGGAUGAGACGGCGCGACGGCAGAAGCUGGUGGAGAAGGAGGUCAAGAUGCGGGAGAAGCACUUCUCGCAGGCUCGGCCCCUGACGCGGUACCUCCCCAUCCGCAAGGAGGAUUUUGACCUGCGGACGCACAUCGAGUCUUCGGGGCACAGCGUGGACACCUGCUACCACGUCAUCCUGACGGAGAAGAUGUGCAAGGGCUACCUGGUCAAGAUGGGUGGCAAGAUCAAGUCCUGGAAGAAGCGCUGGUUUGUCUUCGACCGCAUGAAGCGCACCGUGUCGUACUACGUAGACAAGCACGAGACCAAGCUCAAGGGCAUCAUCUAUUUCCAAGCCAUCGAGGAGGUUUACUACGACCAUCUCCGCAGCGCUGCCAAGAGCCCCAACCCCGCGCUCACCUUCUGUGUCAAGACCCACGACCGCCUCUACUACAUGGUGGCACCGUCGGCCGAAGCCAUGCGCAUCUGGAUGGAUGUCAUCGUCACGGGCGCAGAGGGGUACACGCAGUUCAUGAACUGAGGGGCAGGGGCCGCCAGGACCU